GUAAACGGGGACAUGAAUUUCGAUCAGCUGUUGGCGGAGGUCGACGGCUUUGGGAGAUAUCAGAAGAUUCUGUAUGUGUUGAUUUGUCUCCCACAAAUCUUCCUGGCCUUUCAUAUGAUGGCAAGCAUCUUCACAGGCUACACUCCGGCACAUCAGUGCCGGAGCUCGGCUGCUGAACACUGGAACUCCAACGUGUCUGUAAACUACAGCGACUCGUGCAGCAUCCCAUCCGCACAGAACCGGACUGAGGACCGGACUGAGGACUUCUGUCCACACGGAUGGGUUUACAGCCGAGACGUAAUCCACACUAGCACUGUCACUGAGUGGGAUCUUGUCUGUAACAGGGCAACUCUAAACAGUCUUGGUUCUUCCAUGUAUAUGCUGGGAUUGCUUGUGGGAGCUAUUGUCUUCGGAUCUAUGGCUGACAGGUUGGGAAGGAGGUUUGCCCUGCUCUUGUCUCUGGCCCUACAGACAGUGUUUGGGGUGGCUGCUGCCUUUGCUCCAAACUACCUGGUGUAUGUGACUCUUCGCUUCAUCAUAGGUACCUCCAUCUCAGGCAUCAUCAUCAAUGCUUUUGUGUUGGGCACAGAGUGGACGUCUACAAAUAGACGUAUGCUGGCUGGAAUCAUAACGGAUUAUUUAUUUGGGUUUGGUUAUAUGCUGCUGGCUGGUGUGGCUUAUUUUAUUCGAAGCUGGAGGUAUCUGCAGCUCGCCAUCUCAGCACCAGGUUUCCUCUUUAUUUUCUACAUCUGGGUUCUUCCUAAUUCAGCUCGUUGGCUGUUGGUAAAUAACAGAAAAGAGGAAGCUCUAGUUCUUCUACGGAAAGCAGCUAUAAUGAAUGGUCGUCCCUUGCCUACUACAGUGCAGUUAGACGACUGUGAGGAGAUGCAGGGGAGGAAUAGGCACUCUGCUGCAGAUCUAUUCCGUACCCCCCAGAUGAGGAAACGAUCUUUUAUCCUGUUCUACAUCUGGUUUGUUACCGUGUUAGUGUAUUAUGGUCUGUCUCUGGGUGUAUCAGACCUGGGCACAAACCUUUACCUCACUCAGUUUCUGUUUGGUUUGGUGGAGAUCCCUGCGAGGUCAGUGGUUUUGCUCUUCCUCCCCUACAGCCGUCGGAUCUCACAGAGUGUGUUCCUUGCCAUGGGGGGUACCGCCUGCCUCCUCAUGCUCAUUGUACCAGAAGAUAGACCUAAUGUACGGGCUGCUGUGGCUAUGACUGGAAAAUUUGGGAUCACAUCCUCUUUUGCUGUCAUCUAUAUUUAUACAGCUGAGCUCUUCCCAACAGUGCUUAGACAGACAGGAAUUGGUGUGUCCUCCAUGUUGGCACGAAUUGGUGGAGUUUUAGCACCAAUGAUAAACCUGCUUGGAGAAAGUAACUCGGCUUUGUCCACGGUAAUAUUUGGCCUUGCCCCUCUGCUGGGUGCAGCUCUUGCAUUGGGCCUGCCAGAGACAGCCAAUAAACCACUUCCUGAUACCAUUCAAGAUAUCCAAGAUGCUGAGAGGUUUACUACAGAGAAUAAUGACAGAAAUUUCCCUGUAGACACCGUCCGGUCUCCAAACACCACAGAGGCAUAGGAACUACAGUGCUUCAGAAACCAGUCUCCAUAGACUUACAUGUGCCUGCAUGCACAAACACAAACACUUCAUUUCUCUCUAACCUUUGGGUUUCAGAUCAGAAUAUGCAACCAUUUCAUUUACAGUUUUACAUGUAACACUGUGACAAAUAUUUGUACAUUUGAAAUAUUUUUAAUGGUUUCAUCUUUGGUCAAGGCCUGUUUUUAUAGCUUCAUGCUGAGAAAGCAGCUGUGUCAUCAGAGGUUUUAACCCAAAUGUCACAAUGGAUCAGUGAACAGCAGCUCUCUGUAGAAACUAUACUGUUUUAUCUGUCUAUGCAACAAGAACACACAGUGCCUUUCACUUUUAUACGUUGUAUAAAAGUAUAUUAUACUAAUUUACAUGUAUAUAUUUUUCCAUACAAGACAAUCAGAUCAUCAAACAUAUUCAGUUUCUAUGUUGCUCUUGUAUUGUUUGUGAAAAGCUUGUUUUCAUAUUGUUCUUCUUAUAUUGUUACAUACAUAUGGGUGACAAUUUAAAGGAAAAAACAGUGGUUUUAUUAUGCGUUGGGGGCAUUUUGCUGGCAUGGUUGGGUUCACGUGUCCACUUAGAGGGAGGAAUCACUGCAAAGCUAUACAAAGUUAUUCCAUCUGAUCACAUUUAUCCUAUGAUGAAUCAUUUCUAUCCUAUUUGAGAUGACCCUGUCUCCACCCACAGGGCACAGGGGUUCACUGAAUGGUUUGAAGAGAAUAAAAAUAAUUUUUUACAGUCACCAUAUCACCUAAAGAAGAUUUUGGACCAACCACCAUCAUUAAACAUCAGCUAAGGAAAUAUGGGUUGCAAGAAUGAUGUUCAUCUCUCCAGUAUACUCUGGAGACUUUUAGAAAAUGUGACAAGGUGCACUGAAGCAGUACUUGCAGCUUCUGUUGGCCUAGCAGCUUACCAAGACAUGUUAUGUUGGGGUUUUCCUUUAAUCUGUCACUCACCAAAUACAGAUAGUACAGUAAAAUCAUUUUCUUUGCAUCUUCCAGCUUGUUAGAAGCUGGGGUCAGGGGCUGCCAUGGUACAGCACCUUGGAGCAGACAGGGCUAGAGGUCUUACUCAUGGGCCCAACAUUGGGAACUUGGUGGUGCUGUGAUAUAAACUUCUAAACUUCAAGCAUCUGAUCAAUAUCCAAGGACCUUAACCACUGAGCCACUACCAUCAAGUAAUUUCAAACAGCUGUUACUGUAACUGGUACAAAUGGUGUCCGUGACAGCAAAUUGCCCAUUGCUGAUCUACACACCAUCAUAGUAUAACUGCAAUUAAAUAAUCCAAGUCUGACUGCCAGGACACUGACCCAAUUUACCCUCGAUGAAACAGUAGAUCAAAUCAGAGCUUACAACAGGGCACAAUAUGUUAAAUGUUUAAAUAAUUUACAUAACUCUUUAAUGGAGAACCAUCAAACUCUGAAUUUCACUAAGAAACAUCAAUAUUGUUCCACACAUUCUAAGUUUUAAAUUUUCUCAUCAGAUAUUAAGCACUCAGUAUGUGGCUCCUAGAGGCCUACUGAAGGCAUGUGUCCAGGUGAUUCUCUAUGACGUUUUAAUGCAAGUCUGUUGUUCAGGGUAUGUUGAUCUUUGCUCCAUUAAAGACACAAUGCUUGAUUACACCACAAGUUCCUAUUGAGGCAUUGCUUUAUAGAGGUUCUAUGGGCUAUGACUCCACUGGCUUUCAUGUGGAUAAUGCAACAGAUUAAAUAUAAGUAAAUGGCGGCAAUGCAGAAGUCACCACACUGUUAAAAAUUGUGGCAUUUAUAACAUCUGUCAAGACAAGUGGGUUUUAAUGUCAUUUCUUUAUAUAUAACAG